GUGGGGGGGGCUUCUCCUGGCCCCUGCAAGGCUCUGGCCUCAGCCUGUGUCUCUCUCCAGGGCGCUAUCCUCACCACCAUGCUGGCCACGAGAAACUUCUCAGUGGGCAGACAGACCACCGCUCCGGCCACAAUGUCCACCGCGGCCUCCGGCACCACCAUGGGGCUGGUGGAACAAGCCAAGAGCUUACUCAACAAGAAGGCAGAUGGAGUCAAGCCCCAGACGAAUAGCACCAAAAACAGUGCAGCUGCCACCAGCCCCAAGGGAUCACUUCCUCCUGCUGCUCUGGAGCCUCAAACCACCGUCAUUCAUAACCCUGUGGACGGGAUCAAGGAAUCCUCUGACAGUACGCACACCACCAUAGAGGACGAGGAUACAAAAGCCCCCAGGAUCUGUGACCUCCUGAGCUCUGUGAGGAGGAGCUCAGGGACCCCAGAAGCAGAGGGCCCCCCGCCCACCCCGUGUCUUGUCUCCUGUGUCUCCCCUCGUGUUCACCUGUCUGUUCACCCAGCCCCCAGGAUCUCUGACCUCCUGAAUUCGGUGAGGAGGGGUUCAGGGACCCCAGAAGUCGAGGUCCCCCUGCCUACCCCGACAAGGAAGCAGGAGAUCAUCAAGAUCACAGAGCAGCUCAUUGAGGCCAUCAACAACGGCGACUUCGAGGCUUAUGCGAAGAUCUGCGACCCAGGCCUGACAUCGUUUGAGCCUGAAGCACUGGGCAACCUGGUGGAAGGCAUGGAUUUCCACAGAUUCUACUUCGAGAACUUGCUCGCCAAGAACAGCAAACCGAUCCACACCACCAUCCUGAACCCGCACGUGCACGUCAUUGGGGAGGACGCGGCCUGCAUCGCCUACAUCCGCCUCACGCAGUUCCUGGACGGUCAGGGCCGGCCCCGCACCAGCCAGUCCGAGGAGACCCGCGUGUGGCACCGCCGCGAGGGCAAGUGGCAGAACGUGCACUUCCACUGCUCGGGCGCGCCCGUGGCCCCGCUGCAGUGAAGAGCUGCGGGGCUUACGCAGGACAGACUCGGUGUUUGGAGCCAGCCGCCCCCGGGCGGCCACGCGGCCUGCCUGUCGCAUGUUUGUGUCUGCCUCGUCCCUCCCCUGGUGCCUGUGUCUGCAGAAAACCAAGACCAGAUGUGAUUUCUUAAAAAAAAAAAAAAAAAUACACGACAGAGAAGACUAGCGCGCGCACGCGCACAGAAGUGAUGGUGUUGGACGAAA